AUUACGGAUUCAACAAUGUCAUCGUUUUUGAAAGUCACAAUCGUUUUGUUCGUCACAAUGUUAAUUUUUGAAACUGAAACAAUCGAUCGUCAUGUGUACCAAGGUGCUGGUUUCCCACCAAGAAGAGACUUCGAGUCAUCGAAGUGGCUUUCGAACAGAGCUAUGGACGUUUGGUACGGCAACAGAACUAUGAUCGAAGUUUUAAGCAGCGAGUUUUCUAACAUGUUGAUGAAGCUAACGGGGCGAGGAGGAGGACGUCCAGGACGUUCAGCUCUUGAAUAUAGUAAUUUAACGAGCUCAGUUAAUGGUACGACAACACCGCAAAAUGAGUCUGACAUAAUGUUUUCUAGGUCUGAUCUUAAUUCUAUGAUUGAAAAUAAUAAAACAACACGAUUGAUUCACAUACUUCCAAUGAAAAACAAUACUGUUUUUAAACUAUUAACGCCAAUACUAGAAGUUCCAGAACACUAGAAUAUUUAUACCGCAAGUGGUCAAAAGAAUAAUACUUACUUCUUCAAUAGCAACCGAAAAUCUGCAGCGAUGAGGAUGAUACGUAUUGAGAAGAUCAAAGAAUUUGAUAAGGAAAAAGAUGGUUACAUAUUUUGAGAAUAACUUAACCAGUUUUUAAACUGGGAAGGAAUUAAGGUCAUUCGCAAAAUUAACGGUUACGAAGCCCUCAGA